AUGGAGAGCCGAGGUUCCACCAGACUCCUCGAGGAGCCACCAACUCAGAGGAUUUUUGCCAGAAACGAUGCUCCGAUGACAUUACAGGCCCCUGCGAGUCGACAGGCUCAGAACGUCGACAAGAGAAGUUUAGAUUAUCUUCUACGCACCGGGUUUGCUGGUGGCCUGGCAGGAUGCGCGGCCAAAACCGUUGUCGGGCCCCUCGAUCGAGUCAAGAUCCUUUUCCAAGCGUCGAACCCCCAGUUUGCCAAAUAUACCGGAAGUUGGUUCGGCGUGGUGACGGCGAUGAGAGAUAUCAAUAAGCAGGCCGGUUUGCGCGGCUUGUUUCGUGGCCAUUCGGCUACUCUCUUGAGAGUAUUCCCAUAUGCUGGCAUCAAAUUCCUCGCCUAUGAACAGAUAAGAGCUGCGGUCAUCCCAGACAAAGCCCACGAGACUCCCGUCCGCCGAUUCCUUUCGGGUUCGUUAGCAGGCAUCACAUCUGUCUUUUUCACCUACCCGCUUGAAGUUAUACGUGUGCGACUGGCCUUCGAGACGAAGCGAGACUCGCGGUCGUCCUUGUCGCGAAUAUGUCGACAGAUAUACCACGAGCAGCCUCCCCAACCAGAGAUCCUCCCCGGUAACAGUCCCGCUGCAGUCGCUUCCGGUAUUACACGUGAAGCAGUUCCCAAAUCUGGCCUCGUCAACUUCUACCGGGGAUUUUCUCCCACUCUUUUAGGAAUGCUUCCAUAUGCAGGCAUGUCUUUCUUAACCCACGACACAAUUGGUGAUUUUUUCAGACAACCAAGCCUUGCACCUUACACCGUUCUGCGAUCUACCGCCUUGGGCCCCAUUCCGCUUGCAGACGCGAAGAACCACUCUUACCAACGGGUGCAGUUGAAUGCAGCAGCAGAACUUACAUCAGGUGCCUUGGCUGGAAUUGUUUCACAAACCGCCUCGUAUCCUCUGGAGGUGAUCCGCCGUCGCAUGCAAGUCAGUGGGGCAGUCGGCGAUGGCCAUAGAUUGAGUAUUGCAGAAACAGCACGCAGAAUAUUUGCGGAAAGAGGCUGGAGAGGGUUUUUUGUCGGUCUUACAAUCGGUUAUGCCAAGGUUAUUCCCAUGGCUGCAACAGCGUUUUAUGUUUAUGAACGAGGAAAAUGGGUCCUCGGAGUUUGA